AUGGAGACCAACGACCCUCGCGUGCACGCGCCCCUCGGCCGAGGGUACACAGCUCGGGGGUCCCGGACUUCCUUGGCGCGAGGGACUAUAAGAGGAGAGAGCCGAGGCUGCGGUGCACACUUGCGUCCUUUGCCUGACCCUACCAUGAAGCUGACUUUGUUCGUAUCGCUGCUCGUGGCGAGCGUCGUCGUCGCCUCCCCCGGGGGGAAGGGCUUCCGUCGUCCAUUCCUGCAUGGUCCUCCCCUCCUUGUCCACCAUGCCCCCAUUGUCCACCCAGUUCCUAUUGUCCACCCGGUCCCCAUUGUCCGCCCAGUCCCCGUCUUCCACCCAGUCCCCGUCGUGCACCCAGUCCCCGUCGUCCACCCAGUCCCCGUCGUGCAUCACGCCCCAGUCUUCGUUGGAGGAUUUGGAGGAGGUUUUGGCAAGGGCUAG